AUGACCGAGUUAGUAGACAGCGAUGCUAAACAAUUGCCUCGGACAGUAAGCACGACUCCUCUACCAGACAAACUCGCGACAGUCAAUUUCGACGACCUCCUCCUCUUCAAUCAUACAAGCCACACGGUAUACCGAAAGAUGGAUCCCAAUCUUCCACUCUACUUCGGCAAGCCUAGCCCGGCUAUCGAUGCUGCAUGGGCAGACCUUCUUCAAUAUGAGUACCCUGCCAUAACGCCUGAGGAGAUUGCCUUGAACCCCUCUCUGUCCUACGACAUGGACAGGGACAAGCAUCCUGUGACUGACAAAUAUCACUUUGCCCUCGACGUUUUCCACAACCUGCAUUGCUUGAAUGCCGUGAGGAUGGAGCUUGAUAAAGACUAUUACGGCGCACACGACCACGGUCAUGUUGGUCGACGAGCAGAAGGGAAUCAUGAGACUCAUGCAUCACAAUCGCACUCGCAACAUCAAGGUGCCCUGGAAGCCGCUCAGAGAGACCACAUCGACCACUGCAUGAAUCAUAUCAGGCAGAGUUUGCAAUGUCGACCCGAUCUCAGUCCAGCAGCAAUGCAUGUUUUCGAAGACACAGACGGGUCAAAGUACUUUCUGGGCAAUGCUGAGAAGCAUACGUGCUAUGACUGGGAGAGUAUCAUGAAAUGGGCUGCUGCGAGGAACCCUGAGCCGGGAUACAUAGUCCCCGUGCAUUGA